GAGGACUGUGUACAGGGCCCAGAGACCGGCGCGGACGGGCUUGGAGGGGAUGUACUCGGGGGUGACGAAGUUGUAGUAGAUGGUGAAGGUGGUGGUCAGGAGGAUGACGUCGCGGAGGAUGUAGAGGUAGCCCUUGAAGGCGGAGCGCUUGAAGCAGUGCUUGGGGAUGGCAUCGUAGAUGUCCUUGAUGGUGAAGUCGGGGGGAGUGAACUCGUUGCCGUACGUGUCGAACAGACGGCCGUAGUUGCUGUCGGCCUUCUUGGGGGCGGCCUCGGACUCGGAGGCGAGAGAAGAGAGCGAGGUGGACGAGGCCGAGUGCUGGGGAGACUCCGAAGGAGAAACGGCAGCCGAGGCCUCGGAGUCGGUGGCAGAGGCCGAGGGAGCGUUCCGGCGCUGGGCAGGCUUCUGCCGGGGCGCGGCCGAGGUCGAGACGGAGGCCAUGAUGGGUGGGGGGGACAAGGAGGAGGAGGAGAGUUGCGACGAGUAUUGGCCGAUGAGACGCGGACUCGAGCCAAUUGGUCCUUGGGGAGAGAGGUCAAGCAGAGGAGAGAAGAAGGGAGAGCGACAACGGGGUGCGAGGUGGAAGGGGAAGGGGAGGCUGUUUAACUGGCUUGAGGUGGAGUGCGGGAGCUAUUAUGGGAUUUCGCUCGGCAAUGUUUUGUUGGGGGUGGCCGUGGAGCCAGGGAGCCCCCAGGCCAGGGCACGCCGGGGAGCAGGACAGGACAGUGGACAGCGGCCACUGCGGCGACAGCGGGCACAGCGGACGCCCAGCGGCCAGCCGGCAGCAGGUGUGGGACGACGGACGCAACAGUGCACGCUGCGCAAUCGACACCUCCAGGACGCUGCAGGUUUCGAAUUGGCCAGGGAGAGAGCCAUGCGCUGGAAGUGGUUGAUGAUCAACCUUGAUGCUGCGUCUUCUUUCUGGGAGCCCGACACGCAGCAAAAUCGCCAGGGGGGUGUACCCGCCACCGCAAGUACACGCCGCUCGAAAGGAAGACACCUUCCGGAACCACCUAACGAUGUGCCACCACCACCACCAUCACCCGCAAAGGAAGGGAAAAAACCCCCGGAGCGGCGCUAGAAAACGGAUGCCCUUGGUCUUGGUCUUGGCCAAAAUCCUGAGAGGGUGGCAAUGAUUUACAGCUGCUCGCUCUGGCUUGCACCGGUAAUGCUAUCCGGCCAGGACGUGACCAAGCCCGCUGACGGGGAGGCCGGGCAUGUUUCACAGCGACGACGACGAGCCCUGCGGAGUGGCGGGGACG